AGCCGGAUCGGGCAUGAUCCAGAUUUGCAUCCGGCUGCAUCAAGAUCCAUCUGCGAACCAUGGCCCAGAUCCUCGACUCGCUGUCCAAGGGCUGUUUCCUGGUCCCGCCAUCGAAGUCCGCCGACACCUCCAUCCGAGACUCCAAGCUGAUCUCGGGAUUCCAAAAGCUGAACGGCGGACAAGAGCAUCCAUCUUUGGUGCUCCAACGGCUUGAUCGAUACACUUCCAAGUGGGACGAAAUCCGGGCAGAGGCUGAGAGCUUGAUCGUCAAAGUGAACGACCAGACAUUCCAAGACUUGGAUGAAUUCAUCUCCAAGAGCAACACGGAUGUCGGCGAUAGCAACAGCAUCCGCCUCCCAGUCCGUGAGCUACCCACAGCCUUGGUGUUUGCCGGAACAAACAUCUCGGACCACACCCCUGUAUUCAAGCAAAUCGCUUCACAGACCCUCGAGAGCGGCCGAUGCGAUCGAGUGGCGAUGCUCUACUCCAAGGACUGUCCCAACCUCAAAUCGAUUCUUUCAAACAUGAUUGAGCAAAUUAUCGGCCGCCAGAAGGCGCUAGAGACUGAGACGGUGGCGGCCGAUGACGAGGACGACGAUAUCACGGACUUAUUCGCCAGCAAACGUGGCAUUUGUAGCGUGGCAACCGACGACAUACAGCUGCUGCUGGGAUGGCACGCAGAAUGGACUGCUGGCAAGUCCAGAGAUGGCAAGCUCGUCUUGAUUGUCCCCGACUUUGAGGGCUUUGAUACAGUCGUUCUCCACGACUUUAUUCGCAUCUUGAGCUCAUAUCAACACACCCUGCCUUUCGUGCUGAUCUUGGGCAUCGCAACAUCAAUGAGCGCCAUCCACCAAGCCUUUCCGAGAUCGGUCCUGUCGCUGCUGAGAACACAAACCUUCACAAUUGAGCAGUCCACCACAUACAUCAACAAGAUCGUCGAGCAUAUCUUCAUUCGGAGGCAUCGGGGCAUGAAGUUGUCGUUUUCGUCGUUUCACAACAUGCUCGACGACUUCAACUUGUGCUCGAGAUCGGCCAAAUCGUUCAUGAACUCGCUGCAGUACUCUUUGAUGGACCACUACUACUCGAAUCCACUCAGCAUCCUCACCGACGUGGACCCGGAGGACGACCAAGAACUCGAAAAGGUGCUGAAUCUUAUGAACGAAGAGUGCAUCGUAAUGAUUCGGAUGCUGGGCUCAUUCAAACGACAUAUUGAGGGUCUUUGUGAAAACGGCGAGCUCACGGAGGCUCGCAAUCUCCUGGAAGACGACGAGUAUCUGCUGCAAGCCGUCAGCGGCUAUCUCUCGGAACUUGAGGCAUACCACCAAAGAUUCGAUGCUGCAUUUCGCCUGCUCCUGCGGAUUCAGGAUUCGGCACCUCCGACUUUCCGCAGACCAAUCCGAACGCUGUACUCGAAGAGCCUCGAGCCACCAGGUCUCGGGCAGUCGGCUCACAUUCGCGAGCUUAUGCUUGUUAUGAGAAAAAUCAAGUCAGCAGAACUUCGCGAGUGUCUGAGCGACUGUAUCCACAUUCUGGGCGACUUUCGGGACAUUGACUCGCUCCUUCCAAACUUCAGGACAAAGCUCAUCGAUCUGCUCGCCGACUACGACCGCAUUCGCCAGCAGGAACGUGAGGACGCCGAGGACGAUGACGAUGACGGUGACGAAGACGAGUCAUCAGAUGAGGAGGACGGCAACUUUUUGAAGCUUGGAACCUUGAAGCGACUUGCCGAAGAGACGUCCAAGCUCAAGUCGCGGAGGACCACUGUGGUCUCGAAACGACUUAAGCCCCUCAUUGAUCUCGAAGAGAUCGACAAAGAUAGCAUCGAGUAUGUUUCGAAACGGGCCGCGGCCGAGUUCCAGGAUUUGUUCAGCCAGACACUCAAGCCACCAUCGUCAAUUCCGCUAUAUGAGAUUGUGUAUCACAUGCAUCCCGGUCGGAUAGAGAAGGCGUUCCAUCCGUUUCCUCGAGCAACUAUCCAGACUGCCCUCAACCACAGCGACUACUAUCUCGAAUUUGGCGUAGACGUUUCAGCACCUGAAACAGAAGCCAGUGACAGAGGCAAACCUACGAACGUCUCUAUGGCAUCGGACACCAGUAUCGCUUACAAGCUCUACCUCGAAUGUGGCCGACUCAUCAAUCUCUACGACUGGUACCUGGCUUUUGGAGCGAUUCUGGAGCAGCACGCCAGCUCGGGAACCACUGCGGUGCUCUCAGGCGACCCACAGCUCUCCCAAAGUGAAGUCCACGCCCGCUUCAUCAAGGCCAUCACUGAGCUGCAGUUUAUGGGAUUCAUUCGCCCAACAAACAAGAAGGUCGACCAUGUCACCCGGCUGACGUGGGAGUCGCGCUGAUUCCGCCAUAGCCUCGAUGGCAGGGCAAGCCAUCCACAUAUGCAAAUCUGCAUCACCGCAAUAUAU